AUGUCAUCAAGUGAUGAAGAUUUUCGUUUUAUGGGAACAUUAGAUUUAAUGAAUGAUUUACAAGAAAAAUCGUUUAGAUUAGACGAUGAUGAUGAAGAUCGAAUUGUUCGAGAUGUUUUAAAAUUAUUAGAAGAUAGAAAUGAUAAAGUACAAAGUCGGGGUGUUGAAUGUCUUAACUCGUUAAUAGGAAAAGUAAAAGAACGAAAUAUCAAAAUGAUAUGUGAUCAAUUAUGCUUGAAUAUCUGUAAAGAUAUUAUACAAUUAAUGCGCAUAUCUAAUGAUUGUUUAAAAUCAAUUAUCAAAAAAUUAACAAACAAUAUAUCAACAACAAAAGAAAAAAUAUUUGGAAGAAUUAUGACCAAUUUCAUAAAAGCUGUUGAUCUUGAAAAUGGUACAACUACAGAAACAAUUCUAGACCACAUCACCCAUGUUGCGAAUACCGGAUCAUUUUUUGCGGCAAACCGCGGUAUUUAUCCUUCCUGCGCGGUAACCGCGGUAUUAUUCAAAACCGGCAGUUUACCGCGUUCUGAUGAAGUCAGUCAUCGAUUAGCAGUAUGUAAUAUGGAUUGGGAUCGUGUACGUGCUGUUGAUAUUUUCAUUUUAUUGAACUCAUGGAAAUCACCAGAUGGUGUCAUUAAAUCAGUUACUAUUUAUCCGUCCGAAUAUGGAUUACAACAAAUGGAAGCAGAAAAAAAACUUGGUCCAUUACCUGGUACUACAAAACCUAUCGUUACUACAGAUCAGAAUGGUACUGAUAGUGGUCACCAAAGUGAAGCUGAAGAAGAACCCGAAGAACCAGAAAUAAAAUCCGAUGAAGAUGAUGAUGAACCAAACUUUAAUCAAGAUGAUGAUCCAGAUACAACUGAUCCAAUAAUGCGUGAACGUUUACGAAAAUAUCAAUUAAAUCGUUUAAAAUAUUAUUAUGCUGUUGUUGAAUGUGAUAGCGUAGCAACAGCUGUUCGUAUUUAUGAAGAAUGUGAUGGACUUGAAUAUGAAACAAGUGCUGUUCGUCUUGAUUUACGUUUUAUACCAGAUUCAGUUACAUUCGAUUCUUCUAUUGUGCCGCAUGAUCAAUGUACACAAUUACCUGAUAAAACAUUAUAUAAACCAAUACUUUUUCGUAAUACAGCAUUAACACAAACAAAAGUACGUUGUACAUGGGAUGAAACACCUAUGGAACGACGUCAAUUAACAAAGAAAAAAUAUACACUUGAAGAAUUAGAUAAAGUUAAUUUAGAUGCUUAUUUAGCAUCAGAGUCUGAUGAAGAACCACAGGAUGAUGAUAAUAUUAAUGACGAUAGUGAUGAUGAAAAUAAUAAAGAAUUAGAUAAUGUAAAGAAAAAUGAUGAUAAUAUUUUUAAAGUACCAACUACAAUUCCAGAAAAUUCAAAUAAAAACAAGAAAAAUCAACCAACUAUUCGAGCGCCUAGUGUACUUAGUAGUCAAGAUGAUAUUGAUCGUUACAGAGCUUUACUUUUAGACUUUAAUGAUAAUCCAAAAAUGGAUAAAAAACCAAAAAAGAAAUUAACAAAUUUUUUUGAUGAACAAAAUAGUGAUAAUGAAGAAUCUAAUCAGUAUAUUGACGACGAUGAUGAUGAUGCUAGUGAUAUUGAUAUGGAAAUAACAUGGCAACCAGGUUUAAAAAGUAAAGUUGAAGAAAAAUUAAAAAAUUCUAAUAAUCAAAAAGAAAAAAAGAACAAAAAAAAACAAGACAAAUCAAAUCUUGUCAAAGAUCAAAUAGAACAAGAGAAAGAUAAUUCAACUGAAAAUGAUCGUGAAACACUUGAAUUACUUACUGUUGAUGAUGAUAUUGACAAUAAACGUGAUUAUAAUCUUCGUGAUAUGAUCAAAUCACAUAAACAAUCAACUAAAGCUGCAGCUAAAAAUGCUAAGAAAUUUAAAAAAUUACCAAAUAAUUCAUCCAAUUCAAUCGAAACAAAAACUAAUAAUGAUGAUUUUCAAUUAAAUCUUAAUGAUAAACGUUUUCAAGCUGUUUAUACGCGACCAGCAUUUAAUAUUGAUCAAUCUGAUCCACAUUUCAAAGCCACAGCUGGUACACAACAACUUAUUGAAGAAAAAUUAAAAAAACGAAAAUUUGAUAAUUUAACUUCUUCAUCAAGGACUGAACCUGAUGAAGAUGAUAUUGUUGUUAAAUUAAAAAGAAAAUCAGCAAGAAAAGAUUAA